GAUGGAUAGGGGUCGAACUGAACGUUAGUCGUGUUCCAUAACUUCCUUUUUUUUUCAAAAUGUACAUGCCAAUGUUUUGCACUCCGAUUUUCGUGCCCAAUUUUGUGAACGUGUUUUUGUUAUGUAAGUUCCAAGAAUCCUUCUCCAUCACCAGGGUGCCACUCUCGGGCGGAUUAUAGACUGAAAAUUCAUCGCUUGUCAAAGCAGAAACUUUUUUGUUGAUUCAAGUGCAUGGCGUUGUAUCUUCGACAUUCGAGUUCUGCAACUAUCAUUGAUCUUGAUUGCAGUCAUGUCAAAACUUUCGGCACUGAAAGAUCGAAUCGUUGGCCUGCCCUCCAAGGUUGCGGGUGCCGAAAAGCAAAGCGGACAAUACUUACGUCUAUUACUCUCAAGUGAUCCAGAACCGCUCGAUUAUGUUCUUCUUGUCGUUGGAUUCAUCACCUCGGUCGCUUCUGGGGUUCCAUUCCCCCUACUGGGUAUCUUGUUCGGCCAACUGGUAGACGACCUCAAUUCAACAUCUUGUAGUACCUCCUCGACUAGUUCUGCGUCACUCACAGAUGGCGUUGUGACUAAAGUAUUAGAUGUCAUUUACGUGACAAUUGCAAAUUUCUGUUUGAUCUAUAUUCAUACUGGAUGUUGGAGUCUUCUUGGUGAGCGUCUCGUUAGACGCCUGCGAAUGAGAUAUCUAGAUGUCCUUCUACGUCAAGAAGUCGCAUUUUUCGAUACAUUGCCAUCUGGUGAAGUAGCUUCCCGCCUCGAUGUCGAUCUUCAAACCAUCCAAACAGGAACCUCUGAGAAGGUCGGAAUCUUUAUUGCCAGUAUAUCCUACUUCGUCGCCUCAUAUGUCGUCUCUUUCAUCAAGAGUGCAAAACUGGCGGGUAUGCUCAUCUCUUUGGUACCAGCCUAUCUUUUGAUGGCAUUGGUGGGAGGACACUUUACUCAAAAGUAUGCAAGCCGAAUGUCAGAUCAUGUAGCAGCAGCGACAGCUAUUGCUUCAGCAGGACUGUCAAAUAUGUCUUUGGUUCAAGCUAUGGGCGCCAGUUCCCGCUUGGAAGCUGUGUACGCUCGUCACAUUGGUGCGGCACAAAGAGAGGGAAUCAUGAAAGCUAUUGUCGCAUCCGUGCAACUUGGUUGUUUGUACUUCAUUGCUUACUCCGCAAAUGCUCUUGCUUUCUGGCAAGGAAGUAGAGAAAUUGCUGCCUCUGUUGACACCGGAUCUGGAACCACAGUAGGAGCUGUGUACACCGUCAUCUUCCUCCUUGUUGACUGUAAGUUAUUCAAACCCAUUGUUUAGGCUCGUACUAAUCAUAUGUAGCAUCUUUCAUUGUCAGUCAAAUCGCUCCUUUCAUGCAAAUAUUUGCUGCAGCUAGUAGUGCGUUCACCAAGCUCGUCGUGACGAUCAAUAAGCCCUCCUUGAUCGAUGGAACAACUACAACCGAAGGUCAAACCUUCACUACAAUCCCGGGAGAUCUAGAAUUCAAGAAUGUGGAGUUUGCAUAUCCAUCGCGACCUGAAGUUGUUGUUCUUAAGUCAUUCAGCUUGAGAAUCCCAACCAAUAAACACACCGCACUCGUCGGUCUCUCUGGUAGUGGAAAAUCCACUGUCGCAGCUUUAGUUCAACGUCUUUACGACCCUGUUCGCGGUGAUGUAUUCAUUGGUGAACACAACAUGAAAACCAUCAAUGUCAAGUGUGCGAGAAGUUUCAUUGGAACAGUUGCUCAAAACUCGACACUUCUUGAUCGAUCAAUUCUUGAAAACAUCGCCUAUGGUUUAGUCAAUUCACCACUUCCAGAACAUAUUGAGCUCAGAGAGACAUUAUUGGAUUCAAGCUUACCAGAUCUUGCUCAGGCCAUCCGUGAAGGUGCCAAUCCUGAAGAGGCCCUCGCCGCUAGCUCAGCCAACGUUCAAACAAUUGUUAGACUUGUGCGAGACGCGGCGACAGAAGCUGAUGCUCUCGGCUUCAUUGAUCGAUUGCAGUAUGGUAUGUCUACAGAAGCUGGACCCGGAGGCAAUCGACUCAGUGGUGGUCAAAAACAACGUGUUGCAUUAGCCCGUGCUAUUGUUCGUCGCCCAUCUAUUUUGCUCCUCGACGAAGCUACCGCAUCUCUAGAUUCGGCCAGUGAGCAUUUAAUUCAAAUGGCUCUGGAACGAGUUAGCGAAGGAAGAACCACGAUUUCAAUUGCCCACAGACUGUCAACAAUUAAGAACGCCGAUAACAUUGUGGUCAUGAGCCAGGGUGAAAUCCUUGAGCAAGGCACAUAUACUGAUCUACUUGCUCGAGAUGGUGCUUUUGCAAACCUAGUCCGACUCCAAACACUUGCCUCUUCUGACGAACCGAUCUCUGAGAUUCAAACCGAGGAUGCCAACGAAGAUGAAGAAUAUUUGCAAGAAAAGAUUGACAAUACUGUAAGUAACUCGUGUAGAUUUUGAUAAACUAUACUAAUCGACAUAGGAAUUCGCAAAGGUCAGGUCAUUGGACAACACCGGAAAAUCUACUCCAGUUGCGGAAAACAGCGAUUCUGGUGAAACACUCGCUCCAAAGGAUGAUAAGACUGCUACUAAGGGCCGAUCAUUCCUCUCCACGUUCUUUGGUAUUAUGUCGAUGGCUAGACCUCAUUUGUUCUUUGUUUUCUUGGGUAUCGCCGGUGCUGUUAUAGUAGGUGGCUCAUAUUCUGGAGAAGCUGUUAUUUUCGGUCAUACAGUCAGCAGUUUAAGUCCCUGUCUCAGCCCGGCUAGCAUCCGUAGUAACGGAAGUUUGUACGGAUUGUUGUUUUUCGUUUUGGCUUUGAUUGAAUUCUUCGCCAACGUCAUCAGCGCAUCUUCUUUUGGUCGUGUUUCCGAGAAGCUACUCUAUCGUGUCCGUGUUUUGGCACUAAAAUCUCUUUUUGCACAAGACAUUCAAUGGCAUGAAUCAGAGAACAGGAGUCCCGGUACUCUUAUUUCGUAUAUCAGCGCUGAUGCAAACGCAUUGAGUGGUAUUACUGGAACUCUUCUCGGGGUUAUGCUAUCGAUUAUCGUAUCCAUGGUUUCUGGAAUUAUCCUCGCACACGCCGUCGCGUGGAGAAUCGCUGUCGUAUUGCUUGCCACCAUCCCCGUUCUACUUUCAUCUGGUUUCUUGAGAUUGAAAAUUCUCGCAAGGUUCCACGAAAGACACGCAAAAGCUUUCUCUAACUCCGUCUCUAUUGCUACUGAGGCUGUUUCGGCCAUCAAAACGGUUGCAAUCUUUUCACUUGAAGGAGAAACUGUCCAGGUUUUCAAUAGAUCGCUGAAAGCUCCUUAUACUGCAACACUAAAGACAAUUGCAUACGGAAAUUUCUGGCUCGCCAUGGCUUACAGUAUGAGUAACUUAGUUUACGCAUUAGCAUAUUGGUGGGGAGCUCGAAAUGUUGCAGAAGGACGUUACAACCAACAACAGUUCUUCACAGUCCUACCUGCCCUUUUGUUCAGUGCCCAGCUAUGUGGACAAAUGUUCUCUCUAGCUCCCGAUAUCUCUAAAGCCGGAGUAUCCGCUGCACGAGUUCUUGAUUUGAUAGAUAUUGGUCCUGAAAAUCUCCUCGAAUCUAAGAACAGCCGAGCAACAAAUGAUCCAGAAGCAUCUCAAGGAAUGAUCGAGAAACAGCCCAUCAGAUCAGGUGGUCUCGCCGUACGCUUUAACAACGUUCGUUUCUCCUACCCCGCUCGUCCAGAUAUCGAGGUUCUUAAAGGUCUCACCAUCAACAUUACCCCCGGUACAUUCUGCGCGCUUGUUGGUCGUUCUGGAGCCGGAAAAUCAACCAUCAUUGCCCUCCUUGAACGAUUCUACUCCCCAGCGUCCGGUAGUGUCGAAAUCGAUGGUCAAGACAUUUCCAAAAUUGAUGGCGUUGCGUUCCGCGAUGAUAUUGCACUCGUGCCCCAAGAAAGUGUCCUAUUUGACGGCACCGUUCGCUUCAAUCUCGAACUUGGUGCUCGUGUCGGACAUACCCCAACUAUGCAAGAGAUCGAAUCUGCAUGCAAAUUGGCAAACAUUCACGAUACCAUUGUCUCUCUUCCCGAGGGAUACGAAACCCCCUGUGGUUCCAAUGGUGGACAAUUUUCAGGUGGACAAUUACAACGUCUCUCCAUUGCUCGUGCAUUACUCAGAAAGCCACGCUUACUACUUCUUGAUGAGUCAACUUCGGCUCUUGAUGCCGAGUCUGAGAAAUUGUUUGAAGAGGCUUUGGAGAAGACAGCAAAGGGUGUUACUGUUAUCGCUAUUGCCCAUAGAUUGAGAACCAUCAAGAAGGCGUCGACGAUUUUCGCAAUUGACGGCGGUAUUUGCGUGGACCAAGGAAGCCACGACGAACUGGUGGCUCGAAAUGAGGAGUAUAGAGCCAAUGCUGCCUUUCAGACAUUGUGAGUUAACAUAGUAGUGGCGGGGGAAACUAAGCGUAAUUGAAGGAAAACAUGAUGGUUUUGCUUUCGAAACCCCCAGACAAAAAUCGGAUUUUUUGUACUCUAUCUGCAACGAUUAGACUUCGGCCCUGUUUCGUAAUGAAAAGAAGAUUUCCUAUAUAUCUAUAGACUUUAGCAUACUGUACAUACAUUUAAUUAUCAAUCUUAGACAGCGUUUACUUCACCUCACUCGAAAUAUAAAACUCUCAAUUCCCUACUUAGUAGUUCCUUAUCCGUGCUCCUGAGCUCGUGGUAAAUAUCAUUCUUUAUUCUCAAUCUUCCUUACUCAAAUCUUGAAUUCAAACUGAUAUAUCUUUUGUCAUAUCUGCGUGCGUACUCUGCCGCUUCAUGGUAUAACGUAGUUUAUCACCAUGUACAGGUGAGAGUCAAGGGCCUCAAAGGAGUUCAGCGGCGCUGGUCUUCCACUCUUAGUAAGUUCAAAAUACUUCGUCCGUUCA